AUGACUUCCAGCAUCUCCUCUAUUCUUUUUGUUGUUUCUUGUUUCGCCGCGUUGGCGUCGAUUUCAGAAGCAUGCUUCGCUUCUGGAAUCUGUGGAGGAGGGUGCCCUCCACCACCGCCACCAAUGUGCUCCGGAGGUUGUGGUGGUGGAUAUUCAUGUGGAUCAUAUGGAUGUUACAGAGCCAGAGCUCGAGGAUCCAAGACUCUUUCUUUCAAGAAGAAGAGCGAAAUGAAUCCAGACGAACGAUUCAUGAGAUGCUGUGAAGAGCGUAACCUCCCUGACUCGUGUCUUUCCAAGUGCUCAUACCGUUCUUACACCAAAUCAGCUCUUCAAUCAAUGUACUUCAAACAAGAUUCCUGCCCAAUGCAAGCAGCUGCUGACAUCCAGUUCUGUGCUGCUCAAGGAGAAGAUCAUACUGCCUGUUGUGCCAGAAAUGCCGUUGGAACAACAUUGGCUGGAAACAAAUGUUUCACAUUCUGUGAUCAACGCCCUGGAAACGUGACUCAACUCGACAUGACCUACUUGGCUUGCUACGAUCGUUUCGAGAAUAUGAAGGCAUGCUUCUACCAAAAGGCUUCUGAAACAUCCGACCCAAAUGUUUCAUUCAAUAAUGAUCGUGAAUUUGCAGUCGAUACAGAAACCGCUGAAUUCCGUCGUCCAUCUCAAGAGUUCAGGGCUCCAGCAUCUCCACAACUUCCACAAAAUCCACUGUUUGCCGUUCAAAACCUGCUCGCCAGAACUUUCGGACAAUAA